AUGUGUCUUGUGGUUCCGGUAUUCCUUCAAUCCCUAGGCCGGUUGGAUGCCGUCUCGCCCGGCGUCAUUGUCAUCAUCAUUAUCCCGAGCUCCGCGGGAUUUCUUUUUCUUGCGGCGCAAUACACCCUUCAAAACAAACCGUUGAAAGCAGAUGCUAAUCACUGUUCUGAUCGGAAAUCAGACCGCGUCUUCGUCCACGCCCUCAACACAGUCAAACGGAUUCCGCGGACGGGGACGGCGCGUCCGCCCGCCUCGGAGCGGUUGAAGUUGUAUGGCUUGUAUAAGCAGAGUAUGGAAGGUGACGUUGAAGGUGUCAUGGAUCGCCCGGUGGGGAAUACCCCGGAUGUGUUUAUGGAGUGCGAAAAGUGGGAUACAUGGUACGCCCAGCGCGGUCUCUCCCGCACCGAAGCUAAACGCCGGUACAUCUCCACGCUGAUCGAGACGAUGCAUCAGUACGCGUCGCAGACGACCGAGGCCCGCGAGCUGGUCGCCGAGUUGGAGUUCGUCUGGGAUCAGAUCAAGUCGAAUACCGCUUCGCUGGACUCGUCGGAGUCUGGGUCGGAGGCCCCAGGGGUUGGCGGACUUCCGGUCACAUCAUGGGAGUAUGCGCGGUGGCUUCUUGCUACGUCGGUGGGGGAAGGCGAGGCGGCGUCUCGACCUGGUGGGCGCGGCCGGGGUCGCGAGGACGGCUCGGGGCUCAGGGUGAUGAGUCCUGUAAGUCAGCCGAGUCAGCCGGGGGCGUAUGCUCGGUCGCGUUCCAAGGGCUUUGGGGAUGAUGAGGUCGACCGUGACCGUGACCAUGAGGAGGAUGAGGACGAGGACGAGGAAGAGGUGUACGCGGAGGCUCAGGAUAAUCUUUAUGAAGAAGAAGAAGAUGACGGUGACGACCAUCCCCAUGACGACGCGGAGGAGAACGACUACCGACCACAACCCCAUCCUCACGAGGCAGUAGAACCCCCCGACCCCCCGUCCCGAGGGAGGUCACGACGACCGCCGCCCCCGCCCACCCCGGCAUCCUGGCGUCGCCGCGUCGAGCAGGCCUUGACGACGAUGACGGCCGAGAUCGCCGCCGUGCGCGAGCAGAUGGAGGCGCGCGCGCGGGCCCAGCGCCGCCGCUCGGGCGUCUGGGCUUGGGUCCGCUGGUUCCUGUGGGUGUGUUUCCGGCAGGUGAUGGUGGAUCUGGCCCUCCUGGGGGUCUUGUGGGUGUGGAUGCGCCUCCGCGGGGACCGGCGGCUGGAGGUCGUGCUCAAGGUCGGGUGGGCGGAGGUGAAGAGUCGAUUGGCGCGGACAAGGCUCUGGCGGAGGAAGCGGAUACCUCGAGGUGAUUCUUGA